UCAACUUGCAAACACAAAUUAAUCACUCAAUUUCAACCGAUUUCAACAAUCAUGAGUCAAGAACAGCCGCAGAGAUCGCCGGAGCCCGUCAAGUACGGCGACGUCUUCAAGGUCUCCGGCCAACUCGCUUCGAAGCCCAUCGCCCCACAGGAUGCCGCGGCGCUGCAGGCGGCGGAGACUGCCGUCUACGGCCAUACCAUCAAGGGUGGUCCCGCCUCGGUCGUCCAAUCAGCCGCCGACUUCAACGAACGCCGCGGCGUGGUUGGCCACGACGACAUGACCGGCGCCGUAAGAGAGCAUGGCGCAACCAUCGCCGAAGCCAAUAUCGGAGGCUACCGUGUUGUCACCGAAGCUAUUGGCGGUCAAGUGGUGGGGCAAUACGGUCUGCCGGUGGGAACGCAAAUUGAUCAGUCUAAAUCGACACUGGCGGGUGAGGCUGUCACAAUUGGAGAGGCACUGGAGGCAGCAGCUCUCUCCGCGGGAAACAAGCCGGUUGACAAGAGUGAUGUUGCUGCGAUACAGGCGGCCGAGGUUCGCGCCACUGGGCUUGGCCACGUUGUGGCUGGGGGCGUUGGGGCUGAGGCCCAAUCCGCGGCUGCACACAACAUGCAGGCCACCAGGGAUGAGAAGAAGACCAUCCUCGCCACCAGGGAUGAGGAGAAGACCACGCUCGCCGAUGUUUUAACUGAUGCGAGUGAGAAACUGGUGGGUGAUAAGCCGGUGACAAGGGAGGAUGCGGAGGCGGUCAUAUAUGCUGAGGCCAGGAACAAGGAUGAUCUAUCCACCAACCCCGGGGGCGUUGCUGCGGUUGUUGCCGCAGCGGCAAGGCUUAAUCAGAAGUGACUUCGUUUUUAGAAGCUUGUUUUGGCGACAUAUGUAAAUAUGGUGCAACCUUUGCUGCUGGUGUUGUACACCUUUUUCUACUCUACUAAAUUACUGUACAACUGCCUUUCUUAUAUAAAUGGACUUGCGCA